AAACACAACAACUCCCCCCCUCCAACAAAGCAGCACUUCAGCGCGCGGUACAUACUUGCUUUGCCAUCACUAAUCCUCCUGAUUCCCAUUUCCCAGCUGCUCUAUCUGCCACAGGACUAGUGCCAGACACGGUGUCGUUGACAGGAGAUGACAAUGUUUACGUUAUGAGGUGAGCUGCAUUUUCUUUCAUGGGGUUAUAAACGGCGGGGAUCCCGUUUGUGUGUUCAGUUAUGGUUUCUCCCUGAAAUGCUACCGUGUUGCGUUCACUGACGGCUCAGUGGUAUGAAGUCUGACGUCUGCUCCAACCAAUGAGAAUAUAUAUUUUUGGACAAGACCUAUCACUAUCAGCAAUAUACCGUUACUGUCCUCGAUUUCUGUCACGAUAGCAUGCCAAACCGGACUAAUUAUUACAAAUGACCGAUGUCGUCGGCUGAAUUAGCUCACGAUUUGGUGCCAAAUGUUGGUUUACAGGAGUUGACGCUUGUGUUACGGAUGGUAUCUGUGCUCUUUAAAGGCAACGUGUGACAUUUCCGGCGAGCCAACGUGGGUUAGCAGUGGUUGAAAGACUAAACUCAAGUCGGAUUUUAUAUUUCCUUUUUUAAUAAAUACGCCGCUGUCCGAUAAUGGGUCCAUUGAGUGAGGCGUUGGUUUGCUACUGUUCCCUCUGUGCCUGUAACCUUACAGGAUCAAUGUCGUGACAACCCUACCUGUAAACACUGACUUUGCGUCGCUGAGUUGAUAGCAACCGAUGCCAUUUGGACAGGCUCGCAGUUGGCAAUUGCUAGUUAACCCUAACCUACUUGUCCUGGCACCCGCAGUAACAUUACUUGAGCUAAAGCUAGCUAAAUGUACCAUAUGGUCGAACUGUAAGCAUUGAUUAGUGCGGUCUACUUACAAUUGGAUUAACCAACGUCUGUUGCAACAAGCAACUGUCAAAACAUUGUAGUAGUGGUAGCUCUCUGUAAGUGAGUCGACUACAUUUGUGUAUCAAGAUUUCAGGAUAUAGCUAUUAUUAGUAAAUUAGGGAACGGUAUUUGUUAAAUGUAAUGAGUUUAACCCACGUUGUUAAGAGGCUGGUGUUCAAUAUUGACAUGCUUUGUGGACAGACAUGAGAGCACAUCUCCCAUGGUCUUUGUUUCCUCUCUUCAGGUCUAAAUAAGUAGAUAUUUUUAAGUUUAAGUGACCCUUUUCCUCACUGAAGUUGACAGUGUAUGUUAUGUCUAACCAAACUAGAGCUGCAUUCACAGUUACAGGUCUGGUACUCAUUGAAGUCUCAUCCUCAAAUAUACUUAAAAGAGUUUUAUUCACCUUAGAUUAACUCCAAAGCUGUAUAUAUAUAUUUACCACUCAAACUGCACAAAACAUACAUACUCAACUUUUGGUGGCAUGAAGCCAUGUUUGUUCUCUUUUCUUAAUACCUCUUGUUCAAAUCCAGCACAAUCUUUGUUCUACUGAUCAAGUUACAGAGGUCUAUGUUUGAGAAAAUAAAGGUAUAAAGUCAUACUGUGUAAAUUUCCACACUUGUCAAAACACAACCCAUUCAAACUAUAAUAUAUCUUUCUGUUGAUAACGCUGUAUUGUGGGCAGAAACUUGUCAGAGCUGUACAAACCCAGUGAACCAGAGUGAAGGGACUGCCCAUCAAUGGCCAACCCCACCCCUAAGCUUGAUGUCCUGUAAUAAAGAAGAGAGUUUACCAGAAUUGUUAUCAUCUGCCAUGGAGGAAUCUCAGCCCAAACCUGCCACCCCAGAACCAAGUCCUGUUCACACUCCAGCACCAAGUCCGGCACCCAGUCCAGUACCCAGCCCUCUGCUGGACAGGAUUGCUUUGCCCUCACCAAACCAUGUAGAGGUAAAGUAUUACUGUUUUUGUCAACUAAUUUAAACUCUUGUGUGACAUCCAGUGCUUACGAGCCUGGCAACAAAUAUUGGAUAUGUGAUUGUCUCAGGUUAGAAAUGUAUUUAAAUGCAGUUAAGUUGAGGUUAAUAUGCAAGUGAACUAUGUGACAAAGAAAGCUCUCGGAGUGCAGUUAUCAGUUUCUUGAGCAACUUCUUAUCUUUGCACUAUCAUUAUCCAAAAUAUUCAAGCAUAUAAUCUGCUGGUGUGACGUACAUGUGUUACAAAUGAUAGAGCAUGGGACUAAACAGAGAUUUUGAAAUUGAAGGAGCUUCUGGGACAGUUAUCAGUAUUUCAGAUUUUUAAAAGAACUGCAUAAAUAUGUCCUUCAAUGUUAAAAAAAAUUAAAAGUAAUGGUCUGCUAAUGAUAGAUAAUGUUUUUUGACUUUUCAGUUACAGAUUGUUAUGAAAAAACAAAACACAAAAAACAUUUUAAAGCAGAAUUAUUACACUUCUGUAUGGUUUUUAAAGAUGUGACGUUAUCCUACAAAAAGGCAUGUUGAUAAGGCUCCAGCUUCACUCAUUUGAUCUUCCCAUUCCAGCACCUGAGUGUGAACCAGAUCCAGGUGGUGGUACGGCGCUGCUCUAGUCCAAAUGUCACAGAGGAAACCACAUAUUUUAUUCCUCGCAACCCUGUUGUGGAUGCUGGCACCAACACAGACCCCCCUGUGGUCUGUUGCCCCUUGCUCCAUAGAUUCUGCCCAUGUCCCCCGAGAGGCCUUCUAGCUUCUCUCAUUACCAAAGGUAAAUCAAGGAAAAGGUCUGGUUGGCUCAGACACUUAUGCAUGUUACCUCUUUCUUUUGCACACAUGAAUAAAAACAAUUCAUGACAUGAUUACUUUUAUUUCUUUGAAUUUUGAAAAAAAAAAAACACUUAUACUUCACAAUAUUUACUUCAUAGAACACAAUCAGAGAGGGAAAACCACGAGUUCUCAAGAGUCACAUUUUGAGACUUCUUUUUAUUCAAGAGUAUAAGAGGUUGAUUUAUAUCCGGACUAUGCCCAAUAAUACAUUAUUCAUCCUCUUAAGCGUAAUGUUUAUUAAUUAUCACGUUCCAAUGUAAUGUCUGUCCUCUGUGUAUCCUCCAGUCCUUUUGGCAGCUGUGCUUUUUGGGGUGGUGUGGUCCAUCACCGAGAAAGAAUGUCUUCCAGGGGGCAACCUGUUUGGCAUCACAAUCCUCUUUAUCUGCGCACUCGUCGGUGGGAAAGCAGUGGCUCUCAUCCGUCUGCCAAAACUUCCCCCAUUCCCACCACUCCUGGGUAAGGCAGAAACUUAAAUUUUGUAUUUAUGCUUUAGGAGGUGAUGUGCCUAUAGCCCAUAUAAUAUAUUUAAUGACACAGAUACCCCCACCAAGGUGAUGUUUUGUCACACUAUACAUUAGUGUUAAAACUGCUUAUUUGUGUUAAAACUAUAUGUCUGCCAUAUAGUUUGCUCUGAGCAAUUAUAUGUUGUAAAGGCUGGUCCUUGACAGCUGUAGUUUUGACAGAUCAGUCCUAUAUUUCAGCUUGAAACAGCGAUAAUUUGAAGUAAAAUUAUAGGUUUAGGUGGUGGGUGCACCGUGUUGUCAUUACAUUGCUCUCAGUUAUCCAAACCUCUCACUUUUUUCAUUAAGUCUUUCACUCAAGCGUGAGCCAGAGAGGCUCAUCAGUAAAAAAAAAUGCAGGAUAGUUUUUAGCAUUUGCUUAAGUGUUUUGUGCCUCUUUUGUCAAGAGAAUUACAGUGUAAUUCAGGAUAGGAAAUAGCCGCAUGUUGAGUAUUCUGUACUUACUGUAUGAGAAAAUGGAGUGAACACUUGCUGAUUAAUGUUAAACUUGGAGUAUCAAAUCCCACUGGGAAUUUUAUGCCCUAUAAGCACUAAAAAUAAGAGUACAGUGUGUGCCCUAUAUACAGAAGCCUCAGUGCAGUCCAUAUCACACCGGUCGUAUUAUCUGUUCCCAGUCCAAGCAUGAUUUGGUGCACGUCUCCUUUUCCUGGCUCUCUUAAGCUGUCCUACCAAAAUAAAGGCAAAAUGACCCCCCCAGAUUAAUUUUAAAUAAAUAAAAGACUAAAAAGAUUGAAAGCUUUUUUAUGUCAGUAAUUUUUCUUGACAAUAAGAAAGUUCAUGUUAAUCAGUAUAACUUUGAUACUCCCUUGUUCUUAGUCGAGCACACUUAGGCUGCGGUCGUGUUUUGUUGUGUAUCGCUUCUGUUCGGUGUAAUUAUGGCCUACAUUUUGAUGGCUCUUUUAGUAAAUGAUUGUGGUAAACUUAAAAUUUUAUGGGGGCGUCAGUGAGUACAUGAGGUGAUAAAUUGCUUCCGUAUUUGUAGUUUUAAAUCCAUAAACACUUUGAACAAAGCAAUCCAUAAAUCCAUAAACACUUUGAACAGAGUAAUAAUCAGACUGUAGAUUUAAUUCCUCUUGUUAGAUCUUGGCAAAAUUUGAAAUCUAAUCUAAUCUAAAACUCGUGCAUUUUGAAUCGAAAAAUCAAGAUCAUAAGCCACCAGCUGCACCCACUUGGAGAUUCAAAUCAGGGAAGUGGAGACACUCCUUCGCAAAAACAUCAUAAGUAGAUUGAAGUGUGGCCAAGACAGAUCCAAGAGUUUAUUAUAAACUCAUCUUAGGUUUUCCAUUGUUUACCUCUGUCUUCAUCCAGUACUUUGUUCACCAGAUGCGGAGAGGAAAACUGUAUGAUGAUAUGAUAGAUAGAUACUGUAGAAUAGUGUAAAAUGCAGAAAUGCAUCCAUUUGUCCCCACUUAUUAACACUUACCAACAUUCAUAUUUUCCCUAAUUAAAAGGAUUACUUCUGAACAAGUUGAAUAUUUUCAACAUGAAAAUGAUCAGAAAAGCAUAACAGAUUUUUGAGUGGAGGUUUGUUGAAAUUCUAGUUUUAAGCACUCAGGGUCUUGCGGUGAUUCUCAGUGUCUCCGGUAUCGAACACAAACAAUGUGAGUUCAAAAAGCAACAGGUGAUCGCUCUUCCUCCUCUGUAUGUGUGUGGGAGUCUUUCACUCUCUCAUGCCUUUUUCUGUGUUGCAGGUAUGCUGCUGAUGGGCUUCAUGCUGAAAAACAUCCCAGUCAUAAAAGAUGGAGUGUACAUUAACUACAAAUGGUCUGCAUCACUGAGGAACAUCGCCCUGGCUGUUAUACUGGCCCGAGCAGGUCUUGGGUUGGAUCCCACGGUAUGACUUAUAUAUGAAGUCAGUCUUAAACUACGAACUACUUAGUGGUCACAUCUGUGUGCAUUUAGUUUUCCCAUUGUGGUCUAUAAUUUUAAAUGCUGUUAAUUCUUACAUUUUAAAAAGCUACCAUACAGUACUGACUCUAGUUAGCAGUCUGCUGUAAUAUCUUCAAACAGUGUUACUUACAGCAUCAAGUAACACUAUGUAUGUCAGAUUUUUGUAGACAAUCCAUUGGGAAAAAAAAACAAAAAACAAGUCUGAGCCUCAAAGGAGCAAAAGUUUGUACCCUUUACUCGUAUAAAAUAGCAUAAUUUUGUAGCAGCCAUGUUUUAAAUUCAUGACUCAUGGUUAGUGUCUGUUUUUUUCAGGCUCUGAAGAAACUGAAAUCUGUGUGUGUACGUGUGGCAGCUGGACCCUGCAUCAUCGAAGCAUGUACCACAGCGCUGGUCUCCCACUUCCUCAUGGGUUUGCCCUGGGUGUGGGGCUUCAUCCUUGGGUAAUUCGAACACUUUCUACUCUCUCCACUGGCCUUUUUAGUCAUUUCUCGCUCAGUUUGUAGUGUGACAUGCAGCAAAGACUAAAUAAAGUUGAAAUACAGGCUGAUCUACUCUGAACAGGAACUCUUUAUACUUAACAGUACUUGUAAUUUCCCAAACAAGAGCGAAGAUGUAGUUUUUUAUAUAUCACAUAAUUUUACUGUGUGUACUGUGCACACUCUAUUCAGCUUCAUCUGAACUGAUUGUACCUUAGUGAUUCUGCCUUGCUUUGUAAACAAGACUGGUUGAACUUUGAUUUCAAAAUUGAGUCAAACCAACAGAGAACAAUGCCCCCUACACUCUUCUCUCUGAUAGUCAUUAAAUCACAUUACAACCUGCUCAGCUUUUUCACUUUUAGGGCCAGGUCAACAGUUUGAGCACUAUCCAACCGAAAUGUCACAUUGAAUAGACAUUUUAGAGUUUAAAAUCAAGAAUGAAGAUUUUAAACACAUAAAAGAAUAAAGUAAUUUUUUCAUAAAAGUUUUAAAACUGUAUUUAAAUCUAUAAAUACCAGACAUUUUUAGAACCAAAACAAAUUACACUUAUGUUUGCAUGCCAAUAAAAUGCAUUUCCAACAGUGUUUCGAGGCUGAUGCUCUGAAAUGGUUCUUAAAGAUAAUACCUUAUAAACUUAGUCUGUGUGUGUCUGGAUUAACAAACAUUUAUGUCCUCCACCGUCUAGCUUUGUGCUGGGCGCUGUGUCCCCAGCUGUGGUCGUCCCCUCCAUGCUGCUGCUGCAGAAAGAAGGUUAUGGCCUGGAGCAAGGAAUCCCCACCCUCUUGAUGGCGGCGGGAAGCUUUGAUGACAUUCUUGCCAUCACAGGGUUCACCACAUGCUUGGGAAUGGCUUUUGCCACAGGUAACCUCGUUUAUACUGUAUGCGCGUCUGUGUGAGUGGAGGUAAAGUGCUGAAUUGAAUUGUUUUUUUGUUUUUUCUUGGAACACAACACCACCUUAUCUGUGAGGGAGUGGCGGCAAGUUCAGUGAUCAGCUGUCAGCAUGGGAAAAGAGUUAUUUCUUUUGUGUGUGUAGUUUGUCAGGAGCUCAGCAGAGGGUGUGAGUGUACUGUUUACUUUUAUAAAAUCAAGAGUGCAUCGGGUUUUCUCGCUAAAGCAGGAAGAUUUCAUGACCUCAGUAUAACCUCUGAAGGUUUUUCCUGAACUGCACUCAGAACACCAAGUAUUAAAAAGAUUAUUUAACCUGCUUCUUUCAUAAAUUGUCACGGUUUGCAAACUGUAGGAAAAUAGAUUCAGUUAAAUAAACUUUUUUAAAUGUUUGAGCUCUGCUGAUCUUUCCAGGCUCUACAUGGUACAACCUUCUGAGAGGAGUACUGGAGGUGGCAGGAGGGAUGAUUGCUGGAAUUCUUCUUGGCUUCCUCAUUCAGUACUUUCCCAGUGUGGACCAGGUAGGCCUGCACUUAUCAUCGUGUUAUUAAACAGUUUUCCUACUGCCUGCUCAGAAUCGAGUCAUUUGAAAAAAAUUGGUGAUAUAUUCUGUCAUUUACUUUUUAAUCUAGAAAAAUUUAGUCAUGAAGCGAUCCUUCUUGGUGCUGGGCCUGUCCGUCUUUGCCGUGUUUGGCAGUGGAGUGGCUGGGUUCCCUGGUUCUGGAGGUCUCUGCACCCUGGUACUCGCUUUUCUGGCUGGCCUUGGCUGGGGAGUAGGAAAGGUAACCAAAGCUUUGACUUCUAAAUAAACAGAAAAGGUUAGCCCAGCAGAAAACUACAGACGCAUAGUUCAUUAAUACUUGGAAUAUCUGCUCUGCUGUACGUCAGUGUUCAAGUUUUCUCCUCUCUGUUUGUCUAAAGGCACAGGUGGAGGAGGUGGUGGGCUGGGCAUGGGAUGUCUUCCAGCCUCUACUCUUUGGACUAAUAGGAGCAGAGAUCAGACUUUCUGAGUUGGAUGGACACACAGUUGGUGAGGACACUACACACAUGGACGCACACACAUCAUAAAACACAGUCAGGUCGCUGUUGUCACUGUGAGAAAUUCAAAUAUGUCUGUAUGGGUGUAAAUGUAUUUGCCUUGCUAAAAGCGGUGCCCCAGGAGGCUUUACUCUGUCUGUGCUCAGCAAAUAUUUAACCCUGAGUUUGUGUUAGCACUCACAUACGAUUGUGUUGUUUUUUUCUGUAAAAUACUUGCAUCAUCCCCACUCAUAAUUCACUAUAUGUAGCCAUUAGAGAUCCAGGAUGACUGUGCUUGGCUGUCAUUGCACAGACACCACACAUUACCCACAGUUACAUAAUAUUUCACUUCUAAAUUUUUUUACACCACCUCACACACAGAAACAGGAAAACUUGGCACCUGAAGUUGUUUUUCACAACAACAACAUGUUGUGACACUCUUUAUGACUCUCAUCUGUUUUUGUGCCUAGGUCUUGGUAUAGCCUCUUUGCUCAUUGCCCUGCUGGUUCGAGUCCUCUUCACUUUUGUGUGUGUGUUGUAUGCCGGCUUUAACUUGAAGGAAAAAAUAUUCAUCGCUCUAGCGUGGAUGCCCAAAGCCACAGUGCAGGUAUGUCAGUGCUAAAAGAUUUGUCCGCAGUUGCACUCAUCAUUUUGUGUUUUGUUUCAUUUCUCACAAGUUUGUGUUUUCACAGUGAUGAAAGGAUUAAGGUGUUUUGGGUGUAGGGUGUCCUCUUGAAGUGAUGAUAAACUUUACAUCAUUGUGCCUGUCUUCCAUCAGGCAGCUAUUGGCUCCACAGCUUUGGACAUGGCCAGGAGUAAGAACGACACGCAACUGCAGAAGUACGGCAUGGACGUACUGACUGUGGCUGUGCUGGCCAUCCUUCUCACAGCUCCUGUAGGAGCUCUCAUUAUAGGGCUCACUGGUCCCCGUCUGCUACAAAAACCAAAGAACUCGUCCAGUGGUGAGCGUGUCAAACCCAAUUUAUCAGCUUUUUUCUUAGGUAUGUAAAGUCUUUAUUCGACAACACAACACUGCAGUCAAGCCUCGCCCUGUAGCUGUGUUUGGGUAGUGAGUAGUUUUUGCAUAGGGUAAGAUUUGCAUAGCUUUUUAGUAUGCCUCUAUUUACCCUGUCAAUCAUGCAUUCAUAUCUUUUACAUUCACACAGUGGUGGCAUUGUUGCUCACUGUCCUCUUCAUCUUUCCAGGAACUGCAGCAGAAGCAGAGGAUGACAACGAAACUCCUGUCACCUACGAGAGUACACUCUGACAACGCCUGUCCUAGCACAGCAAGAAAAACAUUAUAGGAGACUUCAGUUUUGCUUUUACACCUCAGACAUUUGAGUUUUUUCUUUAGCCACCAAGUGGCUCUCUUUGUCUGUUUGUUGUCAGCUCCUGAUGUUUGCCGUGCUGCAGGGACACAUCAUCACUAUUUUUAGCCUUUAGGGGUUUUUCAGUCCUCAGGCUCCCAACAAAUGACCCACAUGGCACAGCUACACUGUCAAAUGAAUGUUUAUUCAGUUUCACUUUUUUAUUAAGGGGAAAAAUAUUCCCGCCUGUCAUUGUCACUGUAUCCACUGUCUUUAUUAUUACUUUUUCUAUAAACAAGUUGCUCUAUCUGGACUGAGAGGCAGGAUUUUUGUAGAAAUACUGUCCUGUUUUAAAUUAGGCUACACAUUUGACUGUAAGUUUUAGAUGUUUUUAAUUAAGUACAGCAUUUUCACUGCUUUGUGUUUGUGUGUGUGCGUGUUACAAGUAAAAAUGUACUAGCUGUUUCUUGCUUAUAAGACGGGUUUGAGUGGCUCAGGAAGACUCAGGAAAGAAUCUAAAUCAAUACUUUCUUUAGCUUUAAAUACAGUGCUGCUAAACACUGAUCAUCUUUCACAUUUAUCAUGUCUGCUGUUGAAUUUAAGAGCAAUCAACAUGAAUUAGGUCCUCAUUCAAACCCAACAUUUCGUGGUUCAUGAUGUAGAGAUUUUAUGUUUGUUACAUGUACAAUUGUUUUUAUUACAAAGUAUGAAGUAUGCAGUUUAACUUGAAAUGUUUUUUUUGAUUUGUUUGAAUCUAUUUACAUUUGAAAUGAUCUUUUAUAUUGUCAGCAACUAUUUAUGUUAGAUUUACAUAAAUAAGGAUUAGUUUUUUACCAAAUAUUCUUUAAAAAUAAAUGAUAAAACUUUCCCUUA